UCAUUGCCAGGGUAUUGCCUUGUGAAGAUUGUAUCUGGCUAUGCGCACUCACUAGCACUAACAGACCAGGGCUUGUUGUAUGCCUGGGGAGCUAACACUUACGGGCAGCUGGGCACAGGCAAUAAGAGUAACCAGCUCAGCCCUGUGCAGAUCAUGAUGGAGAAGGAAAGGACUGUGGAGAUUGCAGCCUGCCAUUCAACUCGCACUUCGGCUGCAAAGGCGCAGAAUGGCCAGGUGUUCAUGUGGGGGCAGUGCCGGGGCCAGUCCAUCAUCUUGCCACACCUCACACACUUCUCCUGCGACGACGAUGUCUUCACUUGCUUUGCCACCCCGGCCGUCAUGUGGCGGAUGGUCUCCGUAGAGCAUGACAACUUUCUGACAGUAGCUCAGUCUUUGAAGAAGGAGUUUGACAGCCCCGAAACCUCGGGCUUAAAGUUCUGCGUGGAUGGGAAAUCUAUUCACAUUCACAAAGCAGUUUUGAAAAUACGAUGUGAACAUUUCCGUUCAAUGUUUCAGUCACACUGGAAUGAAGAUCUGAAAGAAGUGAUUGAGAUUGAUCAGUUUUCGUUCCCAGUGUACCUCGUCUUCCUGGAAUACCUGUACACUGACCAUGUAGACCUCCCGCCAGAAGAUGCAAUAGGUGAGGCACUGCUUCUGGAUUUGGCAACAUCCUGCUAUGAGAAAAAGCUAAAGAAACUCUGUCAGCACCUCAUCAAGAGAGGAAUCACAGCGGAAAAUGCUUUUUCCCUUCUGUCUGCAGCAGUCAGAUACGAUGCUGAGGAUUUAGAAGAGUUCUGCUUCAAGUUUUGUGUGAACCACGUGACGGAAGUCACUCAGACUGCAGGCUUCUGGCAGAUUGAUGGCUCUUUGCUGAAGGAGUUCAUUUCCCAAAGCCUUUAA